UAACCUUAAAAUAUUGGACUACUAAAAUCAAAACAUUACGAAAUCCCGACGAAAUAUAAAACAAAAAGUACAUAAAGAAUCAUGUUAUUCUUGUAUUUAUUGAGUUAUUUAUCUCUUUUUAUUCAAGGAGUGUUUAUUACCCUGGCUGUAGCCGCUGGCUUAUAUUAUCUGGCCGAGAUUGUAGAAGAUAAUACAGUGUUUGCUAAACAAGUCAUCACGUAUGCUGUAUUCACCACCGCAGUCAUCCACUUAUGUCUAAUGAUAUUCGAGGAGAUCCCCCUCCAGAUGAACAUCCUAGGUCUGAUACAGCAGCUUCUGCACCUGCUUCUGCUGCGGGACUUCCCCGCGGUCCGGGUGACCAGCUUCAGUUUCUUGACCGCACUGAUGACGCUCGCGGUUCAUCAUUAUCUGGCCUUCAAGUACUUCGGAGCGGUGUACUACGCUUUUUCGGAGGUGCUGGCCUACUUCACGCUCUGUCUAUGGGUGGUUCCCUUCGGUCUUUUCGUGUCCCUCUCAGCAAACGACUACGUGCUACCAACGACAGAAGAGAAGCACCCGCUGUUGGGUGACAGUAACGUUCUGACAGAUUAUCUGUCGCGUAAAUCGAAAAAAUACAGUCUACUCUCGUUCUUCAGUUACGCCAAGGAGUCCAUUCUACCUCACCGGAACAAGAAGGCGUUCUGAUUUGACAUUCGCAAGUGUCAUCUGUCAGUUUGUGGGCGAUAUUAUCUGUGGAGGGUAGACGCAAGGAGGAGUGACUCAGUGGAUUAAAAAGUGUCCGCUAAAGGGAAGCCAAUUAAGAUGGCGCCACAGUAGCAAGAGGAAGGAUUUUUUAAAAAAGCGCCAUAGUUAAAGUAGGAUAUUAAAUUAUGAAGGAAAAAACAUGUCCUACGUAAAAGUUAUAAUGAUAUGGAGAUGGAGUAUAGACUGAUAUAUUUCAGAAUGAAUAAAGAAAUAAAAGACUUAAUUGUGUUUUCUGUGAUAUAAUAAGAAAACAAUAUUUAAAACCCUUAAUCUCAUUUAAAAUUAAUGUUAAAAAUUUAACAGUAAACAGUGUUAAUAAAUUAGACAAAACUGAACACUCUUUUUACUGAAUGACAGACUUCACUCUAUGACACUGAAUAAAAAUCCUUUUUAAA